AUGUCUUGUCAAAAAGGUAAUAUUAGUAGAAAACGUACACAAAAAUAUCAAAAUGCAACAACAUUUAAAAAUAAUUUAUAUGAUACAAGUAAAUCAACAAAAGACAUUAAUUCAAUUGAACAUAAAGGUGUAUGUGAACAUUGUAAACAAGUACUUGAAUGGAGAGUACAUUUUAGAAAAUAUAAACCAUUAACACAACCAAAAAAAUGUGUUCGUUGUCAUCAAAAAAAUGUUAUUCGUGCUUAUUACAUCAUUUGUGAUGAUUGUGGUGCUAAAGAUAAUCUUUGUUGUAAAUGUGGACAAAGUCAAGACACACCUAUUCAACGACCUGUUCCUGCUGUUGAAGAAGAACGUGAACAAGCUGAAUUUGAAAUUGAUAUUAAACUACUUCGAGAGAGACAACGACGUAAAUUCUAUCGACUAAUGAAACAAGGAAUGUCUGGUGAAGAAGCUCGUGCACAACUUAAUGUUUCUUCGAAUAAAAAAUCGAACAAUGAUGAUGAUAAUGAUGAUGAUGAUGAUGACGAUGAGAACUACAUUGAUGACGAUUCCGAUAUUGAUGAAGAUAAAUUGACUUGA